UCCAAUUUUUUCAUCUCCAAAACUAUAGCUGUUCCAUCACGAGCACACACAAAUUAUACACCAGCAGAAUCAGAAAGAAAGAAAGAAAGAAAGAUGAACAGCAACUAUACUAAUACUCGUCGAGAUAUGGAUGAUGAUGAUGAAGAAGAAGUUGCACUUCCAGGGUUUCGCUUCCACCCAACUGAUGAAGAACUUGUAGGGUUCUAUCUUCGAAGGAAGGUUGACAAGAAACCACUCAGUAUUGAGCUCAUCAAGCAAGUUGAUAUCUACAAAUAUGAUCCUUGGGAUCUUCCAAAGCCUAGCAGUGUUGGAGACAAAGAAGGGUAUUUCUUUUGCAAAAGAGGGAGGAAGUACAGGAAUAGCAUAAGACCAAAUAGAGUGACGGGGUCUGGAUUCUGGAAAGCAACUGGCAUUGACAAGCCUGUGUACUCACAUGGAGGAGAAGGGCGAGACUGCAUUGGGCUCAAGAAAACGUUAGUAUACUACCGUGGAAGUGCAGGAAAAGGCACCAAAACCGAUUGGAUGAUGCACGAGUUUCGUCUUCCUACCAACGACAGCAACACCACCACCAACGUUGCCAAUGCUAAAGGCUCUCCCCUGGAAGCGGAAGUAUGGACAUUGUGUCGAAUUUUCAAGAGAAAUGUGUCUCACAGAAAGUACACACCAGAUUGGAGAGAAUUAUCUAACAAACGUCAACCAGCUGCAAUUGACACAAGCUCAAAGACAUGCAGUGUAGAAUAUAACAGCAGAGAAAAUUAUCUUAGUUUUGGUGCCCCACACAUUCAAUAUAGCGAUAAGAAGCCCGUUUUCAAUUAUGUCAAUGAGAGGAAGCAGUUGCAUGCUGACCAGUUGAGCUCCAUAACUCAGCCUCAAUCAUCUAUGGCAUCCUCCUCGAAUAUUUCAUGUCCAGGGAAUGAGGUCUUCAUUAAUAGUGAUUGGGAUGAACUUAGAUCAGUUGUAGAGUUUGCUUUUGGUCCUUCGUAUCUGUAAAUAUUUCUCUAGUUUUUAUCGUAUGGCAAUUUCUAGGACUAUAGCCCUUUUUUUUUGUUUAUAUAUGAUAUCCUUUAGACAUUUCACUUACCAUGAAUUUAGCUCUGAAUUGAAAGUUAA